AGGAUUAUGAAAGCUGUUUCAAGACUUAUAAGAGACUAUUGGAAAGCGAAAUGAUUAUCCAUAUAGUUAAUAUGGACAAUUUGGAGAGUUUCUUGGAAUUUCGAACUUUUUCUUCCGUUUUAAAAACAACUUUUCCUUCAAAAUGAAUGCUAAAAAGGAUUAUGAAAGCUGUUUCAAGACUUAUAAGAGACUAUUGGAAAGCGAAAUGAUUAUCCAUAUAGUUAAUAUGGACAAUUUGGAGAGUUUCUUGGAAUUUCGAACUUUUUCUUCCGUUUUAAAAACAACUUUGCCUUCAAAAUGAAUGCUGGAAAGGAUUAUGAAAGCUGUUUCAAGACUUAUAAGAGACUAUUGGAAAGCGAAAUGAUUAUCCAUAUAGUUAAUAUGGACAAUUUGGAGAGUUUCUUGGAAUUUCGAACUUUUUCUUCCGUUUUAAAAACAACUUUUCCUUCAAAAUGAAUGCUAAAAAGGAUUAUGAAAGCUGUUUCAAGACUUAUAAGAGACUAUUGGAAAGCGAAAUGAUUAUCCAUAUAGUUAAUAUGGACAAUUUGGAGAGUUUCUUGGAAUUUCGAACUUUUUCUUCCGUUUUAAAAACAACUUUUCCUUCAAAAUGAAUGCUAAAAAGGAUUAUGAAAGCUGUUUCAAGACUUAUAAGAGACUAUUGGAAAGCGAAAUGAUUAUCCAUAUAGUUAAUAUGGACAAUUUGGAGAGUUUCUUGGAAUUUCGAACUUUUUCUUCCGUUUUAAAAACAACUUUUCCUUCAAAAAGAAUGCUAAAAAAGGAUUAUGAAAGCUGUUUCAAGACUUAUAAGAGACUAUUGGAAAGCGAAAUGAUUAUCCAUAUAGUUAAUAUGGACAAUUUGGAGAGUUUCUUGGAAUUUCGAACUUUUUCUUCCGUUUUAAAAACAACUUUUCCUUCAAAAUGAAUGCUAAAAAGGAUUAUGAAAGCUGUUUCAAGACUUAUAAGAGACUAUUGGAAAGCGAAAUGAUUAUCCAUAUAGUUAAUAUGGACAAUUUGGAGAGUUUCUUGGAAUUUCGAACUUUUUCUUCCGUUUUAAAAACAACUUUUCCUUCAAAAUGAAUGCUAAAAAGGAUUAUGAAAGCUGUUUCAAGACUUUCAAGAAACUAUUGGAAAGCGAAAUGAUUAUCCAUAUAGUUAAUAUGGACAAUUUGGAGAGUUUCUUGGAAUUUCGAACUUUUUCUUCCGUUUUCAAGACUACUUUGUCUUCAA